CCAGCGGAAUAGCAAUUCAAAUCGACACAACACUGGCUCAUUCCAACAAGUGGGCCAACAGAACCCAAAUAUUCUCAUACAGACUGGCCACGCUGAGUCAGGACCUCACACAGUCCUCAUAAACCUUAAUACACUUCCACAGCAUCAAAAUGCCACCACACAACCUCAUACCGUUCAAGUCAGUCUCAAUGCACCGCCGCCUUCUUCAGGACAACCCAACCCGAACACCAUGCGCUAUAAUGAUCAACAAAGCAAUACUGUCCAGCAGGAGAUUCUUGCUAACGCUAAUCACUCAAAUCUCAGUCAUGUCAGUGGGUCACACUCCAGUCCACAGCCUCGGAAUGAUAACAUCCGUAAUACAGCACGGCCUGCCCACAGUAGUACCUCAAGAAACGAACAACCUGUGGAUCACCGCGUCACCAACCAGACACGGUCUAGGCGGAAUACUGAAGACACGUAUCCUUACUCAGAGCCGACUAGUACACAGCUAGGUACACAACCCUCGCUCUCAGAUGCUAAUAUACUCCCGCGUCAGAUGCCAUGGGACCGUAUGCAUGGUACACCCGCAUAUCCGAAUCCUCAAGUAGACAGAUACGAAUCUCAAAAUUCAACACGGCGAUACAGUUCAUCGGAUUCGGAGGGUGAGUAUUCAGUUCAAGCUCUAAGACCCAUGGGGUCACCUGUGGAUGAACAGAUGAGGAAUAUUUCCAGAGCUUCAAGAAGAAACUUUCUGAGACAGCUUGCUCACAGUGCUGCCCAGAGACGCUCUCGAGCAGAUCGGAACGUGUCAAGAAGAGUCACGCAGCCUGACGUGAUUGCUCAGCCACGUGCUGACCGUCAACAUCGGACUGCUCCACAGAACAUCACACCCCAUAGACAUGGCAUGGACAACAUGGACAUUCCCAUUCCUCAACAUCAAAACAUUCAAAUGCAGACUGCUCAACCAACACAUUUGACCAGUCAGGCUGAUCCAGAUCAAACACCUCGCAAUGCUGCCGCUCCAAAUGCCCUCAUUCUAACUCAGGCUGCUUUGCAGCAGCACACCAUCCAGACUCCCAGCCCCUUUGUUAACCGGAUUCAACAGACCCAAGCUGCAUUGCAUCCUGGAACUCUGUCAACACCUGCUCAGACUCAACAGAUCAACCAGGUUGGUCAAGUCGCUCCAAUUCCCCCUCCAGUUCUGCGCUUAGCAGAGUUUAAAACACUACCACGAGAGCAUUUACAGAAACCACAUGCUGUAAAGCCGGUUCAGGUGACGAGACGGCCUGUGGUCGUGCAUCAUGGACAUAGACCUCCCAACAUGCCCAGGCAUGCAAGAACAAUGCGUAACAACCUACACAAACACCCAGUGAAUCCUCACAUGCAUGCCAGUGCGCAUUGGCAUGGCAACCCACAGGGCCUCCCAGUACAUAUGAGCCAGGUCCACAAAAGUAGACACAGACCCUGAGACAAUCCAGUCCACAUUCUGAUAAGGCAUCAUGCAUACCUGGGGAGGGAAAAAAAAACACCCAAACAAUUAAAUAUUCAUUUGUAUUUAAGCAAUGACCAUUUACAAGGCACACUGUGCUGGUUUGGACUAAGUUCAUACUCAUUAGUGGACAAAAUGCAGAGUGAGAUGUGCAGGAUUUGAGCUGGUUUUUCCAACCGAAAAACCCAGACAAGCCUCAAGAAACUGCUAAAUGCUAAAUAAUGCUCUUCCUGUUUAGCACCUUCUUACCCAGCCGUUUAUUCAGCAGUUGGUACACAGAUGCCUCCACUGACGCUGCUCAAUUAGCGGCGUCUCCAUGGACGAAGCGCUCGGCUAACUAUGAAGGAGAGCCACCAAACGGACACGCUCUUAUUUAUUAUGCACAUUUGUUUAUUGCUAAUGACUUGGAAAAUGCUAAUGACUUGGAGUGGUGGAGGUUAUCUUGAAGGGCUUGGGGAAAUUGGAUUCUGAAAAUAAGCACAACAAAGUAAUAAUUUGUCUUGGCUCUUUUUUGCUGAGGAGAUCGGGCUGAUUAAUUACAAAUGUUAUUGUUUUAUUUACAUUUUAAACAUAUUGUUUAUUCAUUUGUCAUAUUAUAUAACUUAGUAUUAAAUUAUCUCCAUAUUAUGGAGUUGUGUCUAGCCUCUGAUCUAAAUAUUGGAUUAAACGGAAAUGAAAGUAGGUCUUUUUUUCUUUCUUUCUUUCUUUUUUUUUUAACCCUAUAUGGUCAGUAAAAAAAAGUGCACUUUAUUUGGGUCAUUUUGUGGAAGAGAGAGAGAGAGUGUUUGAUAAAACGGGUGACAUCAUCGUCAUCAUCAUGUAUAUUAAGCUUUCAUUAGGAAACAGUGAUCUCGUUCAUGAAAGUGUGUGCAGAGGUGAUUUUCAAUGUUUUCAAUUAGUCAGCUAAAGCAGCAGAAUAAAUUUGCCCCGGAGAAAAAUGAAUUCACUGAAUGAGGAAGGACAUGGGAUGUGAAAGAUGUCCAUUUGCUUUUUCUUUGCCUCUACUUUAUCUCGGCGUGAACUUUGGUCUGUGGAUUUUCAGACCUCUGUUUGGUGAGCCACUAGGACACAUAAGGACACGUGUUUUGUAUUUCUGUGUCGAUUAACAGAUGGUUCUGUAAUAAAAGCUCAAGGAAAAAUG